AUGGGUAACUUGUGUGGCAAAGUCGACAAGGACGACGGUGCCUUUGACCGGCCGGGCCGCACACUCGGCGGAGCUGGCACGGGGUCGGGCAAUGCACGGCCAGUCGCAGCGGGCGGCGGAGCUCCGGCCAAGACUGCGCCAGUCCCGCCGCGCGUGGGAGGCCCGGCACGCACGCUCGGUGGCGCCAGUGGCGGGCCGGGAUCGUCUGCGGCCGCCGAUGCACGAGAGCGAGCCGCCGCCGCAGCGGAGGCCCGGAAUGCACCAAGGGCGACGACCGGCAAGCUGGGCGCACAGCUCGAGGCCCAGCGGCGCGAGAACCGCAGCGAGACAUUAAAAAAGGCCAGCGAGGCCGAGGUGCGCCGGCGCGAGAUGGACGCCCAGACGUCGGCGGCGCAGUACGACUGA